AUGAUAUUUUCAACUUUAGAGCAUAUAUUAACUCAUAUUUCUUUUUCGGCUGUUUCAAUUCUAAUUACAAUUCAUUUGAUAACCUUUUUUGUCGAUGAAAUCGUAAAACUAUAUGAUUCAUCCGAAAAGGGCAUGAUAAUGAUCUUUUUGUGUAUAACAGGAUUAUUAAUUUCUCGUUGGAUUUAUUCAAAACAUUUUCCACUAAGUGAUUUAUAUGAAUCCUUAAUCUUCCUUUCGUGGAGUUUUUCUUUUAUUUAUAUCCUUCCAUAUUUCAAAAAAGAUAAAAAUCUUCUAAACACAAUAAUUAGUCCAAGUGCUCUUUUUUCACAGGGCUUUGCUACCUCAGGUCUUUUAACUGAAAUACACGAAUCCACCAUAUUAGUACCCGCUCUUCAGUCCGAGUGGUUAAUAAUGCAUGUAAGUAUGAUGAUAUUAGGAUAUGUGGCCCUUUUAUGUGGAUCAUUAUUAUCAGUAUCACUUCUAGUCAUUACAGUUAGAAAAAAUAGAAGAUUUUUUUCUACGAAUAAUUGUUUAUUAAAUUUAAACGAGUCAUUUUUACUUGGUAAAGUCGAAUACAUGAAUGAAGGAAAAGGAAAAAAUGUUUUACAAAAAACUUCUUUUUUUUCUCCAAUAAAUUAUUAUAAGUCGCAAUUGAUUCAACAAUUGGAUUAUUGGAGUUAUCGGAUUAUUAGUCUAGGAUUUCUCUUUUUAACGAUAGGAAUUCUUUCUGGAGCAGUAUGGGCUAACGAAGCAUGGGGAUCCUAUUGGAGUUGGGACCCAAAAGAAACUUGGGCCUUUAUUACUUGGAUCAUAUUUGCAAUUUAUUUACAUACUCAAACAAAUAUAAAAUGGAAGGGUACAAAUUCAGCAAUUGUAGCGUUUAUUGGGUUUCUUAUAAUUUGGAUAUGCUAUUUUGGAGUAAAUCUAUUAGCAAUAGGAUUACAUAGUUAUGGUUCAUUUACAUUAACAUCUAAUUAA